CGGGAGCGCUGCGCAGUGCCAAGCGGCGGCCGGGCCGGCGGGGCCGGGGCCGGGGCCGGGACCGGGGCCGGCGGGGCCGGGGCCGGGAUGGCGCUGGAGCGGGCGCUGCUGGCGGCGCGACAGGGCGACGUGGAGGCGCUACGGGGGCUGCGGGCGGCCGGGCUGCUGCGACCGGGGCUGCGGGACGCCCUGGGCGCCUCCCCCGCGCACCACGCUGCCCGCGCCGGCCGCCUCGCUUGCCUCCGGUACUUGGCGGCCGAGGCCACGCUCCGCGGCGACGCGCGGGCGCGCAACGGGGCCACGCCGGCCCACGACGCCGCCGCCACCGGCAACCUCGCCUGUCUCCAGUGGCUGCUCACGCAGGGGGGCUGCGGCGUGCAGGACACAGACAACUCUGGUGCCACCAUCCUACACUUGGCAGCCCGCUUUGGUCACCACGAGGUGAUCGACUGGCUCCUCCGCUUUGGAGGCAGUGACCCUACAGCGGCCACCAACACGGGAGCGCUGCCUGUCCACUACGCUGCGGCCAAAGGGGAUUUCCCUUCCUUGCGACUCCUCUUGGGACACUGCCCCAGCACGCUGAGUGCCCAGACCAAGACAGGGGCCACCCCGCUGUACCUCGCCUGCCAAGAGGGCCACCUGGAGAUCAUCCAGUACCUGGUGCAGGACUGCGGGGCUGACCCCCAUGCGUGUGCCCAUGAUGGCAUGACCCCGCUGCACGCUGCUGCCCAGAUGGGCCACAACACUGUCAUCGUCUGGCUGAUGAGCUUCACGACAGUGAGCCUGUCAGAGCGGGACGCUGAGGGGGCCACGGCCAUGCACUUCGCCGCCAGCCGUGGUCAUGCCAAGGUGCUGAGCUGGCUGCUGCUGCAUGGUGGGGAGAUCACUGCUGACAGCUGGGGUGGCACACCGCUGCAUGAUGCUGCUGAGAACGGCGAGCUGGAGUGCUGCCAGAUCCUGGUGGUGAAUGGCGCCGACCUCAGCAUCCGUGACCAGGACGGCUACACGGCGGCUGACCUUGCCGACUACAAUGGCCAUGGCCACUGUGCCCAGUACCUGCGCACUGUGGAGAACAUGAGCGUGGAGCACCGCGUGCUGUCGCGAGACCCCUCGGCAGAUGGGGAGUGCCGGCAGCCCGACUCGGGCAUGUCAUCGCCCAACACCACGGCGUCGGCACCCCAGGCACGCUUCGAGGUGGGCUCCCCUGCCAGCACCCUCUCCAACUACGACUCCUGCCACUCCAGCCAGUCCAGCACCGGGGAGAAGAGGGGUGGCCCCCUGGGGGCCCCCGCUGCCCGUGAGUGCGGGGCCGGGGGGUGCAGGGCAGGGGACACGGGGCUGGCCCCCCGUGACCCCCUGCCCUGCGCAGGGGUGCCCGCACCAGCGCUGGCGGACAUGCAGGCGUACAUGGACAUGCUGGACCCUGAGACGUGGCCGCGGGGCCGGGGGCUGGCAGGCGAGGGCCCCCUGCCGCCGCCACCCCCCACCUUCCCCCCCCCGCCACCCCCACCCCCUGCCACCCGACCGCCCCCGCCGCCCCCUGACUACCCCGCACCCGCACCCCCCGCCGCCCCCCACACCGCCGACAUCUACGUGCGGGCCAAGAACAACCUGCGGCACGUGGAGAGCCAGGCGCUGCGCCGAGAGCUGGCUUCGCGUGAGAGCAGCCCUGAGGGCCUGCGCAGGGCCGACUCCAGCAGGCGGUCAAGGAAUUUUGGCAAGCAGCCGAGCACCGGUGACUACUACAAGCACCUAGGGCACGGCACAGCCGAGCAGCCCGGGCCCCGGCGAAUGGCACACAGCGAGGAGGCAUCGCCCAUCUCAGAGGACACCAUGCGCAACGGGGAGAGCAAGCCUGGUGCUGAGCUGCCACCCCCGCCGCCACCCCCACCGCUGCCUGAUGCUGCCUGUCCGAUGCCCCCACCACCGCCACCACUGGCUGAGACCCCUGCCGGACCCCGCCGCUCCUCCUCCUCUACAGGAAGAGGAAAGGCGCUCAGGCAGAUGAAGAGCACCAAGUCCUUCAACAUGAUGUCCCCCACUGGUGACAACUCAGAGCUGCUGGCUGAGAUCAAGGCCGGGAAAAGCCUCAAGCCGACGCCACAGAGCAAAGGCUUCACCACCGUCUUCUCCGGCAGCGGCCAGGCAGGGGCCAAUGCAGAGUCGCCGGUGUCCUCCCCGUCACCCACCAGGACGCCCACCCCACCGGCCACCCCCGAGGCUGCCGGGCCACCACGCUGCCUGGCAGGGGGCUCACCAGAACUGGUGCUGAAUGGGAGCUCGCCGGUGCCAGCGGCAGGCACCGGGGUGGCAGCAGAGGCGGAGGCGCUGGUGCCGAGCCAUGACGAGCGGGGCCGGCCCAUCCCCGAGUGGAAGCGGCAGGUGAUGGUGCGCAAGCUGCAGCUCCGCAUGCAGGAGGAAGAGGAGCAGCGGCGCAAGCCUGGGAGCCACUCGCUGCCCCUGUGCCAGCGCAGGCCACCCACCCGCGGGGGCACACCUGGACCUGCCGGGCAGCCAAUGCGGGAGGAGGACUUGCGGCACCUGGAGAGGCGGCUGGGGAGCCUGCGGGUGAUGCAUGAGGCCCAGCCAGUGCAGCCGCUGCCGGGGCGGCUGGAGAAGGAGCCGCUGCCACUCCUGCCGCUGCCUGCCACCCUGGCGCCCCAGCACUUCGCCCUCACCCACAAGAACCCACCCACCCACAGCAGCCAGCCCCCGACGCUGCCGAGGAGCGUGGCUGUGCCACCGGCCACCCCGGGGAGCCAGGAGGGGCAGGGGGCAGGGGGGGCAGCAGGCGGCCCUGGUGCCCAGCAUGAUGCCCAGCGCGAGAUCCUGGGCUGUGGCGUCUCUGUCCGCAGCCUCAAGGCCAACUAUGAGGGCCCAGGGGGGGCCUCCCCACCCAUCCCCAGGGUCACCAAGCGCAAGCGGGCACAGCCCCCCAGCAGCACCCGCCAGCCUGUCCUGGAGGAGGAGUAUGGGGACGGGGCACUGCGGCGGAGCCGGCCGGCACCACCGGAGCCAAGGGGCCCACGGCAGCAUGCUGAGGCACACAAGGAGCGUGCCGUCUUCCUCUUCCUGGAGCACUGGAAGAAACGGGCACUGGCAGCGGUGCCCGGGGAGGAGCGGCCGCGGCGGCCGGGGAGGCGGCGGCCGGCAGCAGGACGGCUGCUGGCCCGCUGGAGAAGCGUUGCUCGCCGGGUGCCGGGACGGCAGAUCCGGCGGUUGAGCCGCGCCACGGUGCUGUACUGGCCCCAGCACUUUCUGCCCCACAUCGGUGGCUCGCCCAUGCCCCAUGACAGCCUCCCGCUCGACCUCUUCAUGCUGGGCUACUUCCAGCUGCUGGAGAUGCCUCUCAGCCCCGAGGAACGGCGCUUCCGCCACCUCCUCUGCUACGAGAUGUUCGACCGCCUGGGCAGCCACAGCUGGCACCACGUCCGCCACUUCCACCGUGCCGUGCUGGAGCAGGUCGAAGCCGGCCACCGCCACUGGCUCGACGGCUUUGAGGACCUCGUGCAGGAGUUUUUCGAGAACGGCCCCACCAUGGUGGCGGAGAGCCCUCCGGAGCUCCCCGCGGCAGCCCUGGGAGGGGAGGGGGCAUCAGUGCCAGUGCCGGUGCCGGAGCUGGGCGAGUUCAGUGAGGAGGACGUCUGCCGCUUCAUCGACCGUAGCUUCUCCUUCUGGAAGGAGAAGGAGGCGGAGAUGUCCGACACCUGAGCCCAGCGGGAUGCUGUGGGCUGUGCCAGCAGUGUGGGGGCGGGCCAGGAGCAGGCACCGGGGGCAGCCGGGGGCAGCAGGACCCGGUGCCUGGGUGUGCUCAGCUGACUGCGGCUCUGACAGCGUUGUGGCUUGGCUCAGCGGAGGGCUUGGUGUUGUUUCGCGUGGCCCCGGGCCGAGGUUGCGGUGUGCCGCUUGCUGUGGCUGUGUGUUGUGCAGGGGGUGCAGCACUGGGGCUGCGCUCCCCUCUGGCGUGGUGUUUGCGGUGCCGGGGCGGCGUGGGCCCCUGCGUGUCAGUGCAAUAAAGCUGUGGUGUGCUGCGAAGGGCUGGCCACACCGCGCACUCCUUCCUCCUCCCUGCGCCGGCAGAAGGCAGGCGGCGAGGGGCGAUGUCGGUGAGCCCCCACCAGCGCUGUGCCGGGAGCACGGCUCAGCCCGACGACCAGCAGGAUGUGGUGCCACGUACCAAGGCAAUGCCACUGCCUCCCGGUGCCAGCAGCAAGGGCAGGCUCCUGGCAGUGCGAGUAACAUGCUGUCUG